UACUACUUCCUCCAUCUCUUACUACGAAGUAUAUACUUAAAAAAAGCCGCCUAAAUAAACAAGUGUACUAAUUUGGGAAAUGAACAAAGGCAGGCAUCAAAAACCAGGCACCAUUCGCAUCAUCAUUCAUCACCUUCCUUGUACUCUGAUCCUCUCUAUACUUUCUCUCUCCUCUUUCUCUUUCUAAAUCAGAAGAAUCACCACCCAAUAUUACAUUGCCUUUCUUCGCCCUAAAACCAAAGCAAAUCCAAUCUUCGCAAUCUCAUAAUACUCUAUUUUUUAUCCUCCUUAUUGCGUGUUUCUCUCAUCUACGAAUCCUCCUUAAUCCGCCAUUAAAGCUCUGCUUCAAAGAACAAAGAGAGAGAACGAGGUAGAGGAAGGAGAGAGAAACCUUUUUUGGUGAUUGUUGUUGUCUAUUUCAUUUUUGAUUAUGCGAAGAUUAAGCUUCAAGGUGGUUAACAGAGAGGAUGAAUUGUUCGGCAAACGCGAAGGUAGAAAAGGUGGAUUGCAGUUGUCUAGGGUUCCGUUUGAGGCGCCUCCGUCGUCGUCGAAAGGUCGCCGGAGUUUUUGUCGGAAUUCAUCGUCGGUUUCAACGGCGUUGUCGAUUGUGAGUUCCAGGAAGAGUUUUUCGUAUGAUAAGCUUUCUCAGGUUCCUAUUCAUCUCACCAUUUUCAAAUUGGAUGGCUCCUCUUUCGGAAUUGAGGUCAUAAAGUUGGCUACGAUAUCUGAUCUCAAGCAGGCAGUGGAGAGCUAUUUCAGUAAUUUGCCUACUGCUGAAACUGGCAAGAUUUCGUGGCGACAUGUAUGGACACAGUUUUGCUUGUCUUAUCGUGGUCAGAAGCUACUAAUUGACAGUGAGUAUCUCAGGAAUUUUGGUGUCAGGGAUGGUGAUGAGCUUCGUUUUGUUCGGCAUGUGUCCAUUGCUUACAACCUCAUAAAGAAGAGAUCAAGAAAACGAAUAGAAGCUUCCAAGCCUUGCACAACAACAGAGAACAAAGAAGAGGAAACAUCAAAAGUAGAGGAGGCCUUUGAUGAUCAGGAGAACCUAAGCUGUCAAGUUGAGGAUAACUCUAGUCACAGUGAAUCUAUGCUCUCCCAUCUAUUCAGAGGGUGGUUUUUGUAUUCAAGAGUUUCCAACAAUGAUCAGCUGAAGUUCGAAAGGCAAGCCAAUCAAUCAAGGUGGACAGGUACUGGUGGCAUAAGAGGUUGGUUUCAUUUUUCUGAUAAGAGACACCCCCGCUAUUCUUCCAGAGUUUCACAGGUAGAAAUUUGAGUUGCACUACUUGCACAGAAAUAUCUCUGCUGAAUGGCUUCUCUUGGACAUAGUUAUGUAUAAACAUAUUACCACAAAAAAAGUUGUAUACACAUUUAUACCGCGGGAGUAAUUCAAGUGCUUGGUAGAGCAUAAGACCCAGUUUUAGGAUCAAAUCCUCAUACCCAAAUAUACAUUUGUAGCAUCUGACACAUUGUCACGUACAAACAAUUAUCAAUGAAAAUUUUAAACUCUA